CCGGAAGUUUGGCAGAGCAGCUUCCGGUGGCGGCGAGCCGGUCUCUCGGCCAGGCGUCCCGCGCUCGGGCCUUCCCCCCUCCCCCCCCGGGCGGACCCCGGUCAGCGGCGCCGGGGGGAGGCGGAGAGGAGGGCUUUGUCAACAUGACCGAGAGAACCGACAGCCUCCACUUCCAGUUUGACAACUACGGGGACUCGAUGCUGCAGAAGAUGAACAAGCUGAGAGAGGAGAACAAAUUCUGCGACGUGACCGUCUGUAUCGACGACCUGGAGGUCCACGGCCACAAGAUCGUCUUCGCCGCCGGCUCGCCCUUCCUGAGAGAUCAGUUCCUGCUCAACGACUCCAGGGAAGUCAAGAUCUCCAUCCUGCAGAGCUCGGAAGUCGGGCGGCAGCUGCUCCUCUCCUGCUACAGCGGCGUCCUGGAGUUCCCCGAGAUGGAGCUGGUGAACUAUUUAACGGCCGCCAGCUUCCUCCAGAUGAGCCACAUCGUGGAGCGAUGCACGGAGGCUCUCUGGAAGUUCAUCAGGCCGAAGCAGAAGCUGGAAAGCAAAGAGGAGAGCCAGGCCAGGGACAAAUCCUCCCAGCCGAAGGAGGCUGUCGGAGCCAGCGGAGGGGAAGAGGAGAAGGAAGAGGAAGAUGACGAGGAGGAGGAGGAAGAAGAAGACUCCCUGCAGCCUGAUUCGCCUUGCCUCCAGCCCUCGGAGGACAGCAUGGAUAUGGACGAUAGCGACAUCCAGAUCGUCAAAGUGGAGUCCAUCGGGGAAGUGGCCGAGGUGGGGAGCAAAAAGGACCCCGCCCCGUUCGUUUCCUCCGAACAGCAGAGCUCCCUCCCUUCCUCUGAGCCCCAGCACUCCCUCAUCAACUCCACCGUGGAGAACCGAGUGGGCGACCUGGAGCAGAGCCAGCUCCACAACUACGCCCUCGCCUACUCGCCGGCCGACAACCUCAUCGUGGCUUCCAAGGACCUCUUUGGCCCCAGCAACCGCGGGGUGGACAAGGGCCUGCAGUGGCACCACCAGUGCCCCAAAUGCACCCGGGUCUUCCGUCACCUGGAGAACUACGCCAACCACCUGAAGAUGCACAAGCUCUUCAUGUGCCUCCUGUGCGGGAAGACCUUCACCCAGAAGGGCAACCUCCACCGGCACAUGAGAGUCCAUGCCGGCAUCAAGCCCUUCCAGUGCAAGAUCUGCGGGAAGACCUUCUCCCAGAAGUGCUCCUUGCAGGACCACCUCAACCUGCACAGCGGGGACAAGCCCCACCGAUGCAAUUACUGCGACAUGGUCUUCGCCCACAAGCCGGUCCUCCGGAAGCACCUCAAGCAACUUCACGGCAAGAACAGCUUCGACAACGCCAACGAGAGGAGCGCUCAGGACUCCGCCAUGGACUUCGAUUCCUUCGGCUGCAGCUCGGGGGCGGACUCCAAAGGUUGCCCCGCCAACGAAGCCAGCCAGGUGCUGGAUGCAGGGAAACUGGCCCAGGCCGUGCUCAGUCUACGGAGUGAAAGCGCCUGCGCGAAUUAAGGGCUGGCUGGCUUGCCUCCCACCCACCCACCCGCCCAGCCUCUCUUUGCGAGCGAGAAGACCACCAACCGCUGCAGGGGUGGGGGAGGGGGGAGCUGGCAUAGGUGCUCAAACCUGGAAAGGCUCCCCCCACCUUCUUUUGAGCUCCGGGGUGGGGUGGGGGGUGGGAGGCCUGAAAUUGACCUUGUAGCAGGCUUCCCUUCGGGGUGUCUAAGCGACUUUUGUUCCUUUUGCAAACAAAACCUCCUGUGAAUAUUACAAGAGCUGGCAAGGGGGCUGAACCCUGGUUUGGUUAGGUUCUGCCGAAAAAGAAGCCACUUGGUCAUGAGCCAGCCGUAAAAGGCAUAAACGAAAAACCAGGAACAGAUACGCCCCGUUGUUGGCGGAGUUUUUAAGCUAAAGACAGGACUGCAUUCUUAGAAAAAAGGAAGAAAAAAAAAACACUGGAUAAUUUUAAAGUCUUUUUACUUGGUCGCCUCUCUGGGCGGUCGUCUUCUUUUGUAUUUCUUUAUUAAAAACCCAUCAGGUACUUUCCUCUUGGCUCCUCCUUCCCUAAGGAGCAUCAACUCUUUUAACACGGUCGUUCCUUUCCAAUAGGACGGGGGGCAGGGAAGCAGCACAGUUGCUUCAGAGCAAACCUGGGGCAAGAAUUGGACCAGCAGACUGGUGGAAUGGCCUUUUGUGCCGUAGGAUGACCCUCUCCUUCGUCUCUCUGCUCAGGCUCAGUUCCUACCCCACCCCACCCCAUCCUCCACCCCACCCUGAAUUGGUUUCAUCCCAUCCUUUGUAGAAACGGUGCUUAGGCUAAGACGGUCGAAGUUUGCAUGUGUCUCCACUCCUCAUCCGUGAAGAUCCUUUACAACGCAAAUUGGGUUUUUCUCUGCUAACGGUUUCCCUUCGGAUGCUAGAAGGGCCUCGGCUCACAUCUCUCUUUAUUUUCUGACGUGCAUCCCUGUGAUCGGUUCUUCCGUUGUCCCUGAAAUCCCAAGUCUGUGGGUUUGUUGUUGUGUUGUUUUUUUUAAAAAAAGAUUAUAUAUGGUGCUUCAAAUACUAGCGGCAUUUGGCCAAAUGGUUAGAAGUCAUGCCGCAGGAUUUGUUUAAAAAGGAUCCCCUCGGCACGGGAGACCACUGAAAAGGGAGAGGGUCUCCAGAGCAUACAAUAGGGUCUUCACUCUUUGGAAUUAUUCCUGGGGAGAGGGCAUUCCCAAGCAGUCAAAAAACAAUUAGUAGUUGAAGGUGGAUUGUUAGCGUAUCAUAUGAGCCGUAUUUCAGUUAGUCUUAGCCAGAGUUCUGGCGUAGGAGACCCUGGAUAUGUUUUUUCUAGAUCACGGUGGUCUUUUUUUUCCCCCUGUGCUGGCAAAGCCAGGAAGCCCUAGUUGCAGAUUUGCACUAUUUACUCUCUUAAUAAACAGUUUCCUCUUGGGAAAAACAUGAUUGAGGGAAGCCUCUGUUGUGACCCAGGCCCAAGUAGGUAGUAUUAGACGCAAUCAGUUCGAAAACAAACAGACUUUAUUAGAACAGCUGAGAAUUAAACUCAUUCUCAGCGUAGUCCAAACUAAAUCAGAGCAAAUGCUUCAUAACCCAAUUCUUCAGUCUUAUCACCAACCUUGGUCUAAUUAGGCAAGCUGCCAAAGGCUUUUCUUGGCAAAAGUUCAGAAGCAGAAGACGCCGACAAGAAAUAAAUGCAGCAAGACAAGAAGCCCAGUCUAUCAACGUUGUUUUCUGACAAAGAGCCCAAAUGCCGUUGCUGGUCUGUUUUAAGCCUUAUGGGAGGGGCCAAUCAUCUCUUGUGCCUGCUCCCGAGUCGUCCUCUUUUUUUGAGCUGCUCUUGCCUUCUGGCAGCUCUUCUCAUGCAUGCAUUAGGAACAGGCUCCUCCUGUUCCUCUGCCUCACUACUGUCAGCCUCUGGAGGCUCCGGAGUCCGCACAUCACUCCCCGAUGGCCCUGGCCCCAUCUCUGCCUCCGACGCAGAGCCCUCAUCCGGGCCUUCCCCAGCCUCCAGGACUGGCCCAUGUUCUUCCUCAGCCUCACCGCUGUCAGACUCUGUUGCCAGUUCCGCAGGCCUCAGGAUGUCUGGCUGCUCCAAAGAGACCUUCCAAAUGUUCACGCAUGUCAAGAGGAAACACUUGCCUUUCUCGCCAGAGAGCUUGUGCGAACGCAGCUUCCUUGCUUCCUAUCCCGUCUCUUCUUUCUUCUUCGCCCCUUUUGUCACUUCCGUUCAUCCAUUAGCUCAGAAGUGGGAGAGGAGUAGUAACUGUGUGCGUAGAAAGGUGAGGGUGGCUCAAAUAUUUUAAGCGAGCAGGUGGUGGAAAAGCUGGGCCCUCAACGCUCGAUCCCCCUCAAGUGUGUGUGUGGGGGAAUCUUGCGACUGUAGCAAUUUGUAGGUAGAACCACACAACCAGCAUUAUUGUCCUUUCUCCCUGUUUAGGGGUUCCCCGAGGAGAGAUCCCCCCCCCCGUCUCGCCCUCAACACCUUGCAAACCUCUUGGGGGGAGAGACGGCCGACUUGAUCUGUGAAUGCAUUCUAGUGUCCAAAAGGCUUACCCUUCUGUUUGUGUACUGAGUCAGAAUAAAGCAAUUACUCCACCU